AUGAUGCAAAGCGCGGCAGUGCUGCCGACAGAGAGCCCAGUGAAGAGUUUACCGGAGAUUCUCGGAGUGCCACUGCAACAGAUCCCUCAGUGCGCAGGAUGCAGUCAACACAUCCUGGACAAGUUCAUCCUCAAAGUGCUGGACAGACACUGGCACUCCAAGUGCCUCAAGUGUGCAGACUGCCAGACCCCGCUGGCCGACAAGUGCUUCUCCAGAGCAGGGAGCGUCUACUGCAAAGAGGACUUUUUCAAGCGUUUUGGGACGAAGUGUGCAUCAUGCCAACAGGGGAUCCCUCCCACGCAGGUAGUGCGGAAAGCACAGGACUUUGUGUAUCACCUGCACUGCUUUGCCUGCAUAAUGUGCAGUCGACAGCUGGCCACUGGGGACGAGUUUUAUCUUAUGGAGGAUGGGAGACUGGUGUGCAAAGUAGACUAUGAGACAGCCAAACAGAAUGAUGAUUCUGAAGCAGGGACCAAGAGACCCAGGACCACCAUCACAGCCAAGCAGCUAGAGACGCUCAAAAGUGCCUAUAAGAACUCGCCCAAGCCGGCACGCCAUGUCCGGGAGCAGCUGUCUUCAGAAACAGGCCUGGACAUGAGAGUGGUGCAGGUGUGGUUCCAGAACAGGCGAGCAAAAGAAAAGCGGCUGAAGAAGGACGCAGGGCGCCAUCGCUGGACUCAGUUUUAUAAGAGUGUCAAACGCAGUCGAGGGGGAACGAAAGCGGAGAAGGAAAGUUCAGCUGAUGAUGCAGGCCUCAGCGAUAGUGAACUCAGCUUCAGAGAUGACCAGGUGCUGUCCGACCUGGGCCACACUAAUGGACUCUACGGCAGUGUGGGGGAUGUGACCAGUGGAGCAGUGCUUAACGGGAGCUUCACGGUGGACGCAGCAGGACAGCCCUACCAUGACAUCAGAGCAGGAAGUCCUUAUGGUUUGCCCCAAUCGCCAUCGUCCAUUGGCUCUCUGCCUGGACACACCCCCCUGCUCAACAACCUAGCCUUCAGCAUGGACAGUCUGGUGGCACAAGGGGGGACUGGAGGGGUGGGCCAGGCACUCAGAGCCAUGGCAGGAGGCCCCACCUCAGACCUGUCUACAGGCAGCAGUACGGGAUACCCCGACUUUCCCACCAGCCCUGCCUCCUGGCUCGACGAGAUGGACCAUUCGCAGUUCUGA